GUUUCGCUGUUCGUUGGCCUUUCCAGGCUUCCAGCAGACCCAAAGGGUCCAGGGCGGCAAGACCAAAGCCCCCCAACCGCCAACAAAUCGCUCGCGAAUCGCAAGAACAAGAGAAGAAUCAAUCCGACAACACCACUCUCCUUCUCCCACAUCUACUUGCUCGCCCAGCAGCCGCCGCUCCCCAUCCCCCCCUCGCAUCCGCAUCGAAUCGAGGCAGCUCUUCCUAUAUAUCCCACUCCGCUCGCUUCGAUUCAGCUUCCCCUUCUCCCUCUUCCCCGUCGAUAAAACCGAUGCAUCGACCCGCCUCGCGAACCCUAGCGGCGGCGGGACGAGAGGGACAAGGUUACAGGCACGGCGCGUGAAGGGUCAGUCCUGUCCUGCACAGUCCCGUCCGGGGACCCCCCGCGAUGCCGUGGCUCGAGAUGUGGCUGCCUCCCGCGGCCGGCGAGGGGGCGGUGGCGGCGGGGCUGUUCCUCGACGGCGCCGACGCGGCGGCGCACGGCGCGCUCCUCGCGGCCAUGCCCGGAUGCUCCCUGUCGUUCGGGCCCCGGCACCGGCGCCCCCGGGGCGCGCAGCCGCCGGGGUUCCUGUCGCUGACGAUGUCGGUGAAGGGGGGCAGGGGGUUCGUGCCGGCCCCUGUGGGGUUGCUCGCCAGCGCGGAGGAGAAGGCCGGGGCGGAGGAGUCGGACGCGCUUGUCGCGGGGAAGAGGGCUGUGGAAGUGGCGGCGGAGGCGGAGGGAGUGAUUCUGCUGCAGGAGAAGGAAAAGGAGAAGGAGAAGGACGAUCGUGCUGGAGCUGGCGCCAUGAACAUGACCAAGCAUCUCUGGGCUGGAGCCGUUGCUGCCAUGGUCUCGAGAACAGUUGUUGCUCCUCUUGAGAGGCUAAAGUUGGAGUAUAUAGUUCGAGGUGAGCAGAGGAAUCUAUUUGAGCUUAUGCAAGCUAUUGCAACUACACAAGGGUUGAAAGGCUUUUGGAAAGGGAACUUUGUCAACAUCCUCCGCACUGCUCCAUUCAAGGCAGUCAACUUCUAUGCAUACGACAGUUACAGAAAGCAACUGCUCAAAUGGUCUGGUAACGAAGAGACUACGAACUUUGAGAGAUUUAUUGCUGGUGCUUUCGCUGGUGUUACAGCAACAAUUAUGUGCAUACCUAUGGAUACAAUCAGAACAAGGAUGGUAGCUCCUGGCGGUGAAGCUUUAGGUGGUGUCAUUGGUGUUGCCCGCCACAUGAUCCAAACUGAAGGAUUCUUCUCACUGUAUAAGGGAUUAGUGCCUUCUCUUAUCAGCAUGGCACCCUCUGGCGCUGUAUUCUAUGGGAUGUAUGACAUACUGAAGAUGGCAUAUCUGCAUUCUCCUGAAGGAAAUAAAAGAAUAUCAAUGAUGAAGCAACAAAAACAAGAGGCAAAUGCAUUGGAUCAACUUGAAUUGGGUACUGUGAGGACCUUACUCUAUGGGGCCAUUGCUGGUUGCUGUGCUGAAGCAGCUACGUACCCGUUUGAAGUGGUCCGUAGGCAGCUACAGAUGCAAGUAAAAGCAAACAGAUUGAAUGCAUUUGCAACAUGCCUUAAGAUUGUUGAUCAAGGUGGGGUACCAGCACUGUAUGCCGGUCUGAUCCCCAGCUUGUUACAGGUUCUACCAUCAGCAUCGAUCAGCUAUUUUGUUUAUGAGUUAAUGAAGAUAGUCCUGAAAGUGGAGUGAAUACAAAGUAAUUGGUGAGCCUACGAAGCAAGUUCAAAUGGUGACCAUGUAUCUUGAUAAAACUGCCGGAAAAAAAACCAGUAACUUAUCAAGUUUUCUCGUAGGCUUGCUUGACGAAAGCACCAGAUGCAGUGAGGGUAGCUUCAGGUUAUUGUUCAACUGAAGCUUUGCACACUAGUUGACCAAAUUGUACACGAGGUCCUGUUGAAGACCUGAUUCGUGGCUUAAUAGAAGAUUGUUCUCUUGGACUCUGCCCCCACCGAAAACAGGGCGUUGCCCAUUUUCUGUUGACAAUUUUUCCAUACUUUAUCGUUGGUGUAUUUGACACACUGACAGCAACAUUUGGGAGAUUCACGGUGUGACCCUGUCUGAUGCGGCCUAUUUAGACCGAUCUCCCUGUGGUCACAUGACUUUAUGAUGCAUAGUUGGGAAUUGAGAUACAGACAUGCAGGUGUUAGAUGUGCAAUUAUCGUUACUCAAUUCA